AGAAACUGCUCAGUAUGCUAGCAAACAACAGGGGUGUGAAGAGGAGACGCACCUUUGAAGCCGAUACGAAAACAAAAACGCGAUAGCGCUGCGUUUUCUGUUCUAUUCGUCCCCGUUUAACCGAGUAACCAGCGUACACGGUGGUUGCUCCGCGUCAAACCCGUCAACAGGCAACAACUCCGUUAGCUCGACAGCUAAAACCCGCACCUGGGAAACGGGUUCGCCUACAUAGCAUCGAUGAGGCAGAAACCGCUGCUGCAGAUGGUGUAAACAAGACCGAGACGCCUGUGUUGAUUCAGCUGCGCGGCCGCUCGUUAAACGGAGGGGGACAGAAUGACCGAUGAUGCCGUCCUGCUGCACGUACCCACCAUUCGGCAGCUUUACCACUGGGACUGCGGCUUAGCCUGCUGUAGGAUGGUCCUCAAGUACCUCCACCCAGUGAGCGACGAGGAGUUCCAGCGAGCCUGCUGGGAGCUGAAGCUCACGGAGAGCGUGUGGACCGUGGACCUGGCCUACCUCAUGUGCCACCUAGGACUCAGACACCGCUUCUGCACACAGACGCUGGGUGUUGAUAAGGGCUUCAGGAACCAGUCCUUUUACAAGAAGCAUUUUGAUACGGAAGAAGACCGGGUAAAUGAGCUCUUCCUUAAAGCUGAGAGCAAAGGUGUGGUGGUAAGGAAAUGUUCCGUAACAGUUCAGGAAAUCCAGUCUCACCUGGAGCAGGGUCAUGUUGCCAUAGUGUUGGUAAACGCUGUGGUCCUGGCAUGCGAGCUGUGCUCCUCACCUGUGAAAUACUGCUGCUUCCUCCCUGUGGGUCAGAAGUGUUUCUGCCGGAAGCCGGAGUACCAAGGACACUUUGUGGUACUAUGUGGUUUCAACAGGACCACAGAAAAUAUUCUCUACAACAAUCCUGCAUAUUCCGACCGUGUGUGCUGCACAAGCACCAGUAAUUUUGAAGAGGCUCGGCGAAGCUAUGGGACGGAUGAGGAUAUCCUCUUCAUCUAUAAAGACAGUUGAUGGACAAGAACGCUACAUUGAGAAUUAUUUCUCCACAGCUCAUCCUUAUAGUGGAAUCAUGACGCUGUAGGCCAUGCUAGACUAGUGUGGGCACUCGCAGGUCUGCUGGGCCUGUCCUCUGAAGUGCCAACUCGCCCGUCUACUCACCCGACAAACAUGUUGCAGGAUCACUCAGCCAGCACUACUUGUACCUGUGUAGGAUCCACAGCUCGAUUGUUCAUCAGUGUAAAAGUGUUUAUUUUUUUUAUUUCCGUUUUUGACACAAAUAAUUAUAAUGAACUGUUUUGUCUUUGUUGACUUUUAAUGCCUGCAGUUACACAGGUUAAAUGUAUUUUUCACUGUGAGCAGUGAAUUUCAAACCUGUGAGGCUACAGAGGAUGAAAUCUGGGAAUUAAGACCUAGAGUAGGAAUUACGAUGAAAUAAUGUGCAAAUGCUUCAGGGCGGCUGCUGAUAACAGCAUUUUGGGUAUUAUUUGUUCUUUUCAGAUGUAAUGUGCACGUGUCUCCUGUGUGGCCCCUGACCUCACCUCAACUUGCCUCCUGACUCACCGUUUGAUUCAGAUGACUAGAAAUGUGGAAAGCAGGAAGUAAUUCUGUUAAAAUAAUAAAAAAACAGUCUCAGGUAAUUAACACCCUAAAGUGUGACGUGCAUAUAAACCUGGCAAAAUAAUUCAAUGCAAUGCAAUACUCCACUGUGCCUGUGGAGCUCAGUCUGUCUGCAGAGGAGCACAGAAUGCUGAUUGGCCCAAUGGAACACCAACCAGUCUCACUCACUUCACUGCUCAAAUUCGUGUGUAUGUUGCAACUUGCUGGACAGAUAGUUGCAUUGUUUGUGCUACUCCUCAUGGAAGAACAAGGGUUUACUUUGGAUUUUUUAAUUGUCUAUAAACAGUUUUGCACUACAUUUUUAUAUCAGACUGAUUAUGUUAUUUAAAUGAAAGGAUUUUACCAUAAAUUUAGCCUGUUGUGAGUAUGAAGGUUUGGUGACAUUCCCUGUUGCGCUUUCAGGGGACAAACUGCUAAUUUUAUUUUUAAUAAUCAUAGAGCUGCAUUUAUUAUAUGUUGUGAAUAAAAGGAGUUUGAAUACA